UUUACAAGAAUGAGUGGUUGGGUUGUAGACUUUUGGGUUAAUUUGGGAAUUUUUCGAAAAUGAUCUGAAUAAGAAAAUAGAAAAUUAAGAGAAAACAAAAGCAAAUCGCAUAUUCGUUCCUUUUGGGCUCAUCCUCAGCAUUACAAAGAAGAAAACAAUCGGCAGGGAGCGUUGAAGAUUUGAAGGAGGCUGUGUAUUAUAUGAUGAUACCGCAACAAUGGGCGUCUCCUUGUGGCAACCAAUGCACGCAGAAAUACGCUGCCCUCACCCAGAUUCCCUGGCGGGUAUUUUGCAAAAAGGGGUGUGAUGCAGAUGGGGAGGCCUGGGACGAAUGCUUGGAAGAAUGCACUGAGAUAUGCUAUAAGGAUCCUGUAUUUAAGGACCACCAGUGGAGUGCUUACAUUGACCGAUCUCCUGGGUCUGCCAGUUACUCAGAGGAAUGUUUCCAUGCAUGUGUAUCUGGUUGCGGCUUUAAGUUUGAGGUUGAACCAGAGAAAGCUGACAAAAUCCAACCAAACAGGCCUGCAAAACCAGCACCUGUUGUUUCGAAACCCUCCCCACGACCUCCAAUCACUGAAUCAAUUGCCAAAAAUGAAGACUUGCCAAGCACUUCUGCAUAGCUGCAUAGCAUCAUACAAUGCCAAUAAAAAAGGAAACCUGACGCAUCAAAAUUAUAGUCAGUCUGUUAGGUUAUAGUUUUCUUUUAGCCUCUAAAUAUUCCUAUGAAAAUCCUUCUGACCGACAACUUUAAUUCCAAUGCAGGCUUACAUCUCCCGUUGCUAUGUUUUCCCCCUCGCGGGCUUCCAUAUUCUGUUGGAUUAUAAAUUAUGACAGUUACUUGUAAGUUUUAGUCCUUCCUUGCCUGUGAAAGGACUUAGGUCUUUGACAUAGAUAUUUGUCCUGUAUGUUGAGAGUUGCUAAUAGCCUGCCUUGAUGUAGCUACCACUCUGGCUUCAAAAGUUGGAGAAUUUUGUGAAACGUUAAUUUAGUAUGGCGAAUUGGGGAAUUGGGCAACUUGUUGUUUCGGAAGAGAAGUAAAUUUCCGCUGUAGCUUGUCUUUCUUUUGUGUUUUUACAAAAUUAGCUCGUAAAAGUAAAUUAGCAGGAUUCAAUUCAUUAGGGAUUUGAGAAA